AUGGCCACCCCCAGCUUCCAAUGUCUGCCCAGAUGGCUGCCCCCACUGCCAUGCUCAGAUAUAAAGGAACCUCCACAUGUAACUGGGGGUGCCAGGCCUAGGCAGCCAGGUGUUUACUGUCCUUCCUCCCAAGGGUGCCCUGGUGAAAUUUUCUUCCUGGCCAAGCCAAAUGAGGAUGGCAAGAGAGUGAGCCCUGGGGGAGAGGGGCUGAGUAUCACAGAAUGGAAAUUCUGGGAGCUCCCUGGGGACCCUGAAUCUAGAGCUGAAGCAACAUCUGUCAUUCCCUUUCUCCCCCCACCCCACCCUACCCCAUCAGAGUCCUACUCCAUUGCUGGCAGUGAGGGGAGUAUCUCAGCUUCAGCUGCCUCGGGUCUGGCUGCCCCCUCUGGCCCCAGCUCUGGUCUCAGCUCUGGCCCCUGUUCCCCGGGCCCCCCACGGCCAGUCAGUGGCCUGAGAAGAUGGUUGGAUCAUUCCAAACAUUGUCUCAGUGUGGAGACUGAGGCAGACAGUGGCCGGGCUGGACCAUAUGAGAACUGGAUGCUGGAACCAGCCAUAGCCACAGGGGAGGAGCUGCCAGAACUGAACCUGCUGACCACAUUGUUGGAAGGCUCCGGGGAUAAGACACAGCCCCCUGAAGAGGAGACUUUGUCCCAAGCCCCUGAAAGUGAAGAGGAACAGAAGAAGAAGGCUCUGGAAAGGAGUAUGUACGUCCUGAGUGAACUGGUAGAGACAGAGAAAAUGUACGUGGACGACUUGGGGCAGAUUGUGGAGGGUUACAUGGCCACCAUGGCUGCUCAAGGGGUACCCGAGAAUCUUCGAGGUCGUGACAGGAUUGUGUUUGGGAACAUCCAGCAAAUUUAUGAGUGGCAUCGAGACUAUUUCCUUCGGGAGUUACAGCGCUGUUUGAAGGAUCCUGAUUGGCUGGCUCAGCUCUUCAUCAAACACGAGCGCCGGCUGCAUAUGUACGUGGUGUACUGUCAGAAUAAGCCGAAAUCAGAGCAUGUGGUAUCAGAAUUUGGGGACAGCUAUUUUGAGGAACUCCGGCAGCAGCUGGGGCACCGCCUGCAGCUCAACGACCUCCUCAUCAAACCAGUGCAGAGGAUCAUGAAGUACCAGCUGCUGCUCAAGGAUUUUCUCAAAUAUUAUAGGAGAGCUGGGAUGGAUACAGAAGAGCUGGAGCAAGCGGUGGAGGUCAUGUGCUUCGUACCCAAGCGCUGCAAUGAUAUGAUGACCCUGGGGAGACUUCGGGGGUUUGAGGGCAAACUGACUGCCCAGGGAAAGCUCUUGGGCCAGGACACAUUCUGGGUCACGGAGCCGGAGGCUGGGGGGCUGCUCUCUUCCCGAGGCCGAGAGAGGCGUGUCUUUCUCUUCGAGCAAAUUGUCAUCUUCAGCGAGGCCCUGGGAGGAGGAGCACGAGGUGGAGCACAGCCUGGUUAUGUGUACAAGAACAGCAUCAAGGUGAGCUGCCUGGGACUGGAGGCAAACCUCCAAGGUGACCCUUGCCGGUUUGCACUGACCUCCAGAGGGCCAGAGGGUAGGAUCCAGCGCUACGUCCUACAGGCUGCAGACCCUGUGGUCAGUCAGGCCUGGAUCAAGCAAGUGGCCCAGAUCCUGGAAAGCCAGCGGGACUUUCUCAAUGCACUGCAGUCACCCAUUGAGUACCAGAGACGGGAGAGUCAGACCAACAGCCUGGGGCGGCCAGGAGGGCCUGGGGUGGGGAGCCCGGGGAGAAUUUGGCCUGGAGACCGGGCCCAGCUCAGCACACACACUCCCAUCAAUGGCUCUCUCCCCUCCCUGCUGCUGUCACCCAAGGGGGAGGUGGCCAGAGCCCCCCUGCACCUGGACACACAGGCCCCCAGUGCCGUCCUCCAGGCUCCUCAUGACUCUCCUCCAGUUCCACCAAUUCCGGACACCCCUCCCUGCCAAGCCAGACUUGCCAAGCUGGAUGAAGAUGAGCUGUAAACUGGUGAAGGCCAUGGGGGUGGUGCUGACUCAGCCACUCUGUUCCCCCAGGAACUUCAGGGCAAUCUUUUGGCACUGCUCCAGAAUUCCUCCCUCUUGGUGUGUCUGGAGGGUGGGCAAGGCUGGGAGUGGUGUCAACUUGGAGGAGGGCACCUAGAUUCAAAAAGACUUCUUUCUGCCCAAGGAACACAGCUUCCUUCAGCUCCCACCCCUAUG